UUGGUUCGUGCGUGUAUGGUGGUUGGUAGUAGUCGCGACGCUGCCGAGAGCAGCUGAAGUGCGUGCACGUCGUUCUUCGUAAUCCGGCCAACACGGUGUUCACGGCGUGUGUAUGUGUAAUUCGUUUCUCGUCGAAUUUUGCGUGGUCGCAGGGAGAAAGUGCUGAAGACGGAUUAAGGAUCAAAGAGAAGCUGGGUGUGACUCGCAAUGUGACAAAACUUCGCCGACCUUGGCGGGACGAUGGAAGGCCGCGCGAGCGUACGUUGAACCGAACGAGCGAGCAGAAAGGGGAUCGGCGACAAUGGGACACUUGUCUGGGAGGGUAGAACACGCGAAGAAGGAGCGGUCGUUGUAAGAGGGUGGUUGUCAUGGCGAGGUGGAAAUGGAUCCUCCCGUUGCUCGCGGCCUUCUGCACCCUGACCGACGCGUACCUGGCGGUGCUGUCUUCGAGCACGCCCGCCGGCAGCGUGGUUUUCGAGGCAGGUGUACCGCAGCUGGGUGGGCGUCGAAAGUACGAGGUCUCGAACGAGAGGACCGCUUGGUUUGCCAGGAAGCUGCUCAAGGUGCAUCCUCACACUGGCCGGGUCACGUUGGCGCGACCUUUGAGCUGCGACGGUCUUCAGUAUCCGCGAAUCUUCACCUUCUACGUGGACUCGACCAGUUCAAGAUUAGGCAGACCGACGAUCGACUAUUACAGUCUGCCACUCAGGAUCCUGAUCACCGGUUGUGGCGGAGAGAAUCGAGAUCUAGCUGCUACCAGGGGAUGGAUGGCGGAGACUUUGGCCUCGUACGCUAUGCCCAGCACCGAGAGGUUCACGGAGGUUUGCCUUAGAACGUCUCAGCUGGUAGCAGCGUUGCGAGACUUUCUUCCACAGACUGCCCUGAAAGAGUGUGAGACUAGGUGGGGUGGCGUAGCGGAUCCCAGGUUUCUGAUCGAAGGUGCAGCAGGAGAUUUGGUCUCGGCAACGGAGCAAUGUUUGGUGGAUCCUCUUUGGAAAAUCUCCGUGUCGAUGAAUCUCAGAUGUGGCAUUGAAUCGCGGUUAACCGACGCGGAACAUCGUCUGAAGAUCGUCUUUCAUCACCGUCAACUGGACGACACGGAUCUCGGCAGGCGAGUCCGCAGAGAAUUGAAGAAUCAGUCUCCGUAUUUCGAGCAAUCCCUGUACGUUGCGGUCGUCGAAGAGGAAAAAGAACCUGGCGCGUACGUAACAUCCGUCAGAGCCAGGGAUCCUGAAGGAGGCACGGUUCGUUACUCCAUGAGUUCUCUGUUAGAUGCACGAUCACAGGCGUUACUCGUCUUGGAUCCAGUUACGGGAAGGGUUACGACACGCGCUAGAUUAGAUAGAGAGAGCGUGGACGUUCACUACUUUCGGGUACUUGCCGUGGACGACUCGUUCCCUCCGAGAACCGGUACUACCACCUUACAGGUGAACGUCCUGGAUACGAACGAUCACGCGCCAACCUUCGAGUGGCCGGAAGACGAGGCUUCUAUCAGAGAGGGUGUACCAGUUGGCUCUACGGUCGUUACGGUCAAAGCUACGGACCAAGAUGCAGGCAGAAACGCCGAAGUCGAAUAUUCCAUCUUAUCGACGACUAGCGGCAGUGGAGUAGCGAACGCCGACGACGCUCUGACCUUCAGGAUAGAUCCGAGAACCGGUGUUGUUACAACGCGUACGCCUCUCGACAGAGAAAAGACCGAGGUGUACACGGUCAUCCUGAGCGUGUCCGAUCAGGCGACACCACCUUCCGCGCGAAAAUCCGCGAACGCCACGCUGGUGGUCCGCGUGCUAGACGAUAAUGAUAAUUACCCUCAAUUCACUGAACGUACAUACUCUGCUUGGAUACCGGAGGACUUGGAUUACACGGCGAAUCCGGUGAUAGCGCGCAUACGCGCAACGGACGCGGAUUCGGGGAACAACGCGGCUGUUCGAUACGCCAUAAUCGGUGGAAACACGCAGAAUACUUUUUCCAUAGACUCUAUGAUCGGCGACGUGGCUCUCGUCAAGCCUCUGGAUUACGAAUCCACCAGGAGUUACAAGAUAGUUAUACGCGCUCAGGACGGCGGUUCGCCAGCCAGGUCGAACACUACGCAGCUGUUAGUGCACGUAGGAGAUGUGAAUGACAAUGCGCCGCGAUUUUACACCAGUCACUUUCAAGAGUCCGUGUCGGAGAACGUUCCUAUAGGAUACUCGAUGCUGAGGAUACAGGCGUACGAUGCUGACGAGGGUGCGAACGCUCAAAUAAAGUACACUAUAGGGGCGCGAGACUUCUCCGGGGCUUCCACCGAAAAUUUCCCCAUAACAGUGAACACGGAGACUGGGUGGAUCUAUACAACGAAACAGCUCGAUCGUGAGCAAUGUUCAAGGUACCAGUUCACCGUGAUCGCAGCGGACUCUGGUGAAGUACCAAAAUCUGCGAGCGCUACCGUGAUACUCACCGUAACCGACGUGAACGACAACGACCCUUAUUUCGACCCUAAGAACUACGAAGCUGUGGUCUCUGAAGACGAUCCCCCGGGCACUCCCGUCACCUCUGUCACGGCGACCGAUCCUGACGAAGACGCUAGGAUACAUUACGAAAUCACCGCUGGCAAUACUAGAGGUCGAUUCUCGAUCGCGUCUCAGAAUGGACGUGGUUUGAUAACAGUAGCUCAACCGCUCGAUUAUAAGCAAGAAAAGAGGUUCGUUCUUACUGUUACGGCCUCCGAUAGCGGUGGUAGAACAGACACAGCUCUUGUUUAUGUCAACGUCUCGGACGCCAAUAAUUUCGAACCGGUUUUUGAGAAUACACCGUACGCUGUGUCACUGUUCGAAGAUGCGCCCAUUGGCACAACAGUUCUCGUCGUCAGCGCGACUGAUUCAGACGUUGGAAAGAAUGCUCAAAUCACCUACAGCUUAGGCACCGAUGGUGGGGAGUCAGCGUCCGAAUUUACCAUAAAUCCACAAACAGGAGCUAUCACGACCACUCGUACUUUGGAUCGUGAACUUGUACCUGGCUAUUUCCUAACCGUUACUGCGAGAGAUGGAGGCGUGCCACCUUUAUCGGAUACCAUCAACGUGGAAAUAUCCGUUACGGAUGUGAACGACAACGCUCCUGUUUUCGAAGCUCCUCAAUACCAAGGAUCCAUUCCCGAAGAUGUUGCCGGUGGUACUAGUGUUCUCAGAGUUUCCGCCACCGACGCGGAUACAGAUCUCAAUGGCAGAGUGAGAUACGCUUUGGACGACGACGGGGAUGGCGCCUUUGCUAUAGACUCAAGCACGGGUGUAAUUAGAACAGCCAAGCCAUUGGACAGAGAAUCUGUCGCCAUGUACACUUUGAAAGCAGUUGCGAUGGACAGAGGAUCUCCCUCUCUCUCGACGGUAGUGCCAGUGACAAUUAAAAUACAGGAUGUAAACGAUUCUCCACCCGCUUUCGAGAACGACAAGAUCGUUCUUUACAUAGCCGAAAAUUCACCGAUCGGUUCAACCGUUGGUGAAAUUUACGCGCACGAUCCGGACGAAGGACCAAACGCCAUUGUACAGUAUUCCGUGAUAGGAGGGGAGGACUCAAAUAGUUUCGCCCUGAAUGUCAGGUCAGGUGCUGAUCGCGCGGAACUGAUUACGCUCGAAGAACUGGACUACGAGUCGCCAAAGAAAAAGUUCGAGUUAGUCGUGCGUGCCGCUUCGCCUCCUUUGCGAUCGGAUGCUCUAGUUCAGAUACUAGUAACCGACGUGAACGACAACGCGCCCGUAUUGAAGGACUUUCAGAUUAUAUUCAAUAACUUCAAAGACUUCUUUCCGACCGCUCCCAUAGGCAAGAUACCUGCUGUGGACGCGGACGUCACGGAUAAGUUAACAUACACUGUGCUUGCAGGAAACAAUGCCAAUUUGAUCGACUUGAACAGAACCACCGGUGAAAUCCGACUGUCGCCGCAAUUGAACACGAAUGUACCACGUGUCGCCACGAUGGAGGUGUCCGUCACGGACGGUAUCAACGAGGUCAAGGCCACGAUGACUCUCUCGGUGCGCCUGAUCACCGAUAAAAUGCUCCUCAAUUCCAUCACCGUUAGAUUAGACGACAUGACGGCCGAGGCUUUCCUCAGUCCUCUGCUGGGAUAUUUUCUGGACGGUUUGGCAGCAAUUAUCCCGUGCCCCAGAGAAAACAUCUUUCUCUUUAGCAUACAGGAGGACGCCAAUGUAAAUGGGAAGAUUCUAAACGUGAGCUUCUCUGCGCGUAAAGUAGAACCAGGCGUGACGGACGAGUUUUACAGCCCGCAAUUUCUUCAAGAACGCGUGUAUCUAAACAGGGGGAUACUGGCGAGACUGGCCACAGUUACGGUGCUACCGUUCGACGAUAAUCUUUGCGUCAGAGAACCCUGUUUGAAUUUCGAGGAAUGCGUAACGGUAUUAAAGUUUGGAAACGCUUCUGGAUUCGCUAGUAGCGAUACUGUAUUGUUUAGACCUAUAUAUCCGGUAACGACCUUCGCGUGCAGAUGCGCGAAGGGUUUCACUGGCAGCAAAGAGUCUUACUUAUGCGACACGGAGGUUAAUUUAUGCUACUCGAAUCCGUGUAUGAACGAUGGCACUUGCUAUAGAAGAGAAGGAGGAUACGCAUGUUUUUGCGGCCCCGAAUUCGCGGGAGAAAAUUGUGAAAUCUCGUUGAAUAAGGACUCUUGCGCUCCAGGGAUCUGUAAAGGAGGUUCCCAGUGUACCAUGAAAACGACUGGCGGUUUCACUUGCGAAGGUUGCCCUGUGACAACUCUAGAAAGCGUGACUCCACUCUGCGAGCUGAAAGCUCGUAGUUUUGGAUCGGCAACGUUCCUCACGUUCGCGUCUCUAAGGCAAAGACACAGGCUGCAUAUCAAAUUAAGAUUCGCUACCGAAGCAGCAAAUGGUCUUUUGCUUUACAACGGGCGAUACAACGAGAAACACGAUUUUAUAGCUUUAGAGAUAAUCGAUUCCGAGGUACAGUUCAGCUUUUCCCUUGGUGACGAGAUUACUCGAGCGAGUGCCAGCAUACCUGGUGGAGUAUCUGAUGGUCAGUGGCACGAAGUGGAAGUCUCUUACAUAAAUAAAACUGUAACGAUCUCGCUCGACAACUGUGACGUUGCUCUCGCUUUGGAAUACGGCAAAAGACUUGGCUCGAGGUGGUCUUGCGCGGGAAGAAGCGAACAAGUGUUAGAGGAACGUUGUAGCAUCGUCACCGAGACGUGUCAUCGAUUCUUAGAUCUAACAGGACCUUUACAAUUAGGUGGCCUGCCUGCUAUACCAUCCAGUUUUCGCAUCAGAAACAAAGAUUUCGUGGGUUGCGUCAGCGACCUGUACAUCGAUCAUAUUUUCAUUGACCUAAAUUCAUUUGUAGCCGACAAUGGUACUAACCCUGGUUGCCCAGAGAAGGUUUCUUUCUGUUCAUCGACUCCGUGCAAAAAUAACGGCAAGUGUCGAGAGAUAUGGUCCGGUUUUGUUUGCGAGUGCGAAGAGAAUUUUGCUGGACCUACCUGCGCUGACGAAGUCGGCAAACCAUGGAACUUCCACGGUGACGGAAUGCUCAGCUUUAAUCCUUUACUAAGACCCAUCCAGCUUCCCUGGCUAACAGCGCUUAGUCUGAGAACGCGAUCCAAGCAGGCGUUCGUCAUGAGCGUGCAAAUAGGGCAAAACAGUUCUGCGUUGCUCGAGAUCCGAGAGGGUAAACUAAUUGCUCUGUUAGACGGCGCGGACAUCAUUCAAACAUGGAACGACGUUGCCGAUGGCGAAUGGCACAGAGUGGAGAUCAUCUGGCAAAGUGGUCACGUCUCUCUCGAUAUCGAUUACCGGAAUAGGCCCAUAUCCUCGUCAUUACCAGCGAAAUUACAGGGUCUGUACAUCGGUAGGAUCCUGGUCGGUGGACCGGAACAGUCGAUGAACACCGAGCUACCAUAUUUCGACGGCUGCCUCCAGGACAUUCGUAUAGGCAGCAACCAGAGCGUAUUAUUAAGACCGACCGUUCAGGAGAACGUCGCGACCGGCUGCAGCUCUGAGGCCGAGUGCAACGUCGACUGUCCGGAGGCAUCGAUUUGCGUUCCAAAAUGGCAAGCGGGCGAGUGCGUCUGCGCGACCGGUCGCGUAGGACGUAAUUGCGACCGCGUUUGCGAUUUGAAUCCCUGUAACACUACUGGAACCUGUAUCGAGGAUACGGCCUCUCGUAGGGGAUACAGAUGCGAUUGUAACUCGCCAGAAUACUCCGGAGACUACUGCGAGAUUAAAGCUGACCAACCUUGCCCGGCAACCUGGUGGGGCUCGCCUGUGUGCGGGCCAUGUCAUUGCGACGAGUCCAAGGGCUAUGAUCCUGCGUGCAAUAAGACUACAGGCGAAUGUUACUGUAAGGAGAAUCACUAUCAACCUUCGGGUAAAAAGGAGUGCAUUCCAUGCGAAUGUUAUGCAACCGGAAGCUUCGGUCCUCGCUGUGACACCGAGACUGGACAGUGCCGAUGCAGAAUCGGGGUCAUUGGACGGUCUUGUACGGCGUGUCCCAAUCCAUAUGCCGAAGUCACUCUUCGUGGCUGCGAGGUGGUGUAUGAUGGGUGUCCUAGAUCUUACGCCGAAGGUUUAUGGUGGCCGAGGACCAAGUUUGGAAUGACUGCUGUCGAGGAUUGUCCUGAUAUCGCUGAAGGAAAGACUUCUAGAUCCUGUGACGACAAACUGGGUGGUUGGCAAGAACCUGAUCUCUUUAACUGCACCUCAGAAGCGUUCAUCGAGCAAAGACAUCAGCUAGCUGCGUUAGAGACCAAGGAUUUGACUUUGAAUACCUAUGUCGCUGUUAAAAUAGCAAAAGACGUGCACAGAGCGGUGAACGUGACCAAAGACUUGUACGGAGCUGAUCUGUUGAUCGCAGAAUCCUUGCUGAUAGCAUUGUUGCAGUAUGAAGAGAGUUUGGUCGGAUUGAACUUGACUCAUAGUCAAGAUAAAGAUUACGUUUCUCAUUUGGUUGGCAUUUCUAGCUAUAUUCUGAAAUCCAAAUACGCGGAGAAAUGGUCGAGGAUUGAGAUUCUUAACGGUGAUACUCCUGACAAGAUUUUGGAUGCAAUGGCGAAUUAUUUGAAGACCUUGACUGCAUCUCAACAUGAUACUUUUACUAAUCCUUUUGAAGUAGUCGACACUAAUGUUGUGUUAGGUUUGGAUGUAGUAACUUCUGAAAGUUUAUUCGGAUACGAGACUGCAGAAUACAUAGAUGAUCCGUCAGCGUCUACGGUAAGGCCAACUGAAGCGGAUCAGAAGGUUGUCUUGCCUGAUACUUCUGCGUUCUUGUCGUCCCCUGCUCAUUUCGGCCCGUCAAUUACUUUCCCAAAGUAUAACAAUUACAUGGCCGAUCCAAGCAGAUUCGAUCCAUAUUCAAAGAUACGAGUGCCUCUUAAUAUAUUAGGCAUAAAACCUCUAAUGCAAGGGGAAUUAAAUGUUAAAAAAAGUUUGGUCAAUCGAAAGGCUGUGUUGAGUUACGUGCAAUAUAAGCAAUUAGGUGCCCUGCUGCCUCAAAGAUUCGAUGAUUCCGUGGCAGUUAGAUGGGGCGUAGAAGUAGCGGUAGGCUCGCCUGUCGUAACAGUAUCCGUUUUAGUACCUUCGGAUGACGGUUACGAGUCUCUGACUGGAAUUCCUUUGCAAUCCCCAGUUCAAAUUAGUCUUUGGCUCAGCGAGAAGGACGAGUUUAAGACUAGAACCAAUCCACAAUGUGUACAUUGGAGUACGAUUAGAGGAAUCGGUGAAUGGAGCCGAAUAGGUUGUACUACGGAAGUCGAAGAUGAUUCCCUGUCUUUCGGUACCAUCGUAAACUGCUCCUGUUUCCAGUUAUCCACUUUUGCAAUACUAACGGACGUACUUGAUCCAGAAUACGUCCCAGAACCGUCUUUACUGGAAGAUGUAACGAGUUAUAGCGCGUUUAUGCUCGCGUUGCCUUUGCUAUUAUCUGCCUUACUCAUUCUGGCUUUGAUACGAGGCGGUGGUACAAAUUCGAAUAGCAUCCAUAAAAAUUUGGUAAUGUGCGUUUUCUUCGCCGAAGUGCUCUACUUGAUCGCGCUCAAAGCCAGAAGUCCUCUAGUCUCGAAUGAGUUUCCAUGUAAACUAACGGCCAUUGGUUUACACUAUGCUUGGUUGAGUACAUUCUCGUGGACUUUGGUGGACUCCAUUCAUCUAUAUCGAAUGUUAACCGAAAUGAGAGACGUGAACCAUGGACAAAUGAGAUUCUAUUAUACAAUGGGCUAUGGAGCUCCAGCUAUCAUUGUUGGACUGACUAUCGGCGUUAGAGCCGAUCAAUACGGAAACUUUUAUUUCUGUUGGUUAUCAAUUUAUGAAACCGUGAUUUGGUCUUUGAUAGGACCAGUUUGCCUAGCAGUUUUUGUGAACUUUUGCAUUCUUGUCAUGUCAGUACGAGCGGCGUUUACGUUAAAAGAACACAUUAUGGGUUUUGGAAAUUUAAGAACGUUACUCUGGUUAUCGGUAGCUUCGUUACCUUUACUUGGAUCUACAUGGACACUGACAGUUCUCAAUGCCUCCGAAAAUUCUCCAACAUUGUCAUACCUGCUUAGUAUAGCAGUAGUCGUUCAUGCAUCAUUUAGUUUGAUUGGUUAUUGCUUCAUUAAUGGUAGAGUAAGAAGGAAUCUGUAUUUAAGUUUAUUGAGAUGCAUUGGGAAAAAGACACCUUUGUUAGAAGGAAGUAUGGGAAACGGAAGCAGCAGCCAGAACGUAAAUGGUCACUCGCGGUCUGCGUUGGCGUACUCGUCGACGUAUAGUGGAGCAGAGUCCGUGUGUAGGAGAGUCCACGUAGGAGUCUCGACGAGUAGUACAACUUCACGAAGUACAAAUAAAACUGGGUCCAGCCCCUAUCGUAGCGAUACACAUUUAAGGCAUACGUCAACAUCCACGAGCAAUUAUAAUAGUGACAGAGAUCCCUAUAUGUCUUCUAGAAGCCACAGAUCAACGUUACAUUCUAGACAAGAAGCGACAGAACCAAGGAAUCAACGUAGAGAUUCCGAAUCAGAUUCAGACGGAUCCCAAGCAGAAGGUGGCGGAAGAAGCUUAGAUCUUGCGAGUUCGCACAGCUCUGACGAAGAAGAUGUUACGUCAAGGUCGCAUCGAAAUAUGGGCGUCUCGACGCAGCAACCAGUCGCACACAAUUAUUUGCCUAAUAUUCACAGCAAUCCUACCGAACACUUGAACAUACUUUGCUCAAACACGGAACUAUUCCCAAACAUUAAACCAAUUUACGCGCCUAGGUGGAGUUCUCAGUUACCAGAAGCAUAUUUAUCAUCAAAUGUAAUGGACGUGCGUGGAAGUCAAUGGUCUGGAGGUACCAUGUCCGACAAUGAAAUGGCCUCGAACAAGACUUCUAGUCCGAAUCCACUGCCUUAUCCCGAAAUGAAUUCGCCUCAGAAGAGUCAACCGGAUGAAAAUUAUUCGGAAGGGGAAGAGAAGCUUCAUCACUUGGGAGAAAAAUACUUGUUCCCAUAUACAGCUGAGGAAGAUCACACUGUCUCACCUACUCCAUACAUGCUACCCAUUUCUUCGCGCAUUCUUGCAUCCAGCAUGAGUCAUCACUCGCAAAAUUCAAACCAUGAGAAUCUGAGUGGCUCGGAAAGAUAUGGAAGUCUGAAGAGAGGGCAAAGUCUACAUGGUUCUCAACACGAUAACCUCAGUGGCUCGGAAAGAUACGGUAGCUUAAAGCGCGGCAAAAUGACACCGACUGUGCUAGAAGAUUCACCGGAAUAUAUUCUACCUAUGAGCGGUAGAAUAUUGUCCAGUUCACUGACUCAUGAUUUACAGCAUAGCAAUGAAUUGGCUGCGCUCAGACAACAGCAGCAGCAACAAUACGAACAGACCAUUACAGAGACCGAUGAAGAGGAAGGAUACUAAUGCGGAAACGUCAGUAUGACGAUCUCCGUGCUACAAACAAACACCGUACAAAGUAAUAUAACGUACUAUUAGCUUAAAAUUUAAAUGAUUAAAUAUAUAUAUAUAGAUAUAGAUAUAUAUAUAUAUAUUUCUUAGAGUGGUAAUUGCUCUAAGGUAUAUUUUAAGAGCGGCCAUGACUGUACUUACAAAGUUAGCCAUAUGGAUUAGUAUGUAUGUGUGAGUGCCUGUACGUAUCUAUAUACAUACGCUUGUCGGUAUUUCGUUUCGUGUGAUUCCAGCUUCGGUUCGGAAGCGACUUUUUCGACUUCUUCGUUAACGAUAAACGCGACGAAUGGUCGGAAGACAUAUGAUCUCUAGUUCAUUUCAUCAUUCGUGUAAUUAAUAUCACUUUCUCUAGUACCUUAAUUUUUAAACUCAGUAUUGUGCAAUGUAUACAUUCCAAUUUCACUUUAUAUUUAGAUUCUAUAUUCUUCCUUCACUUUCUUUUCUCUCCUUUCUUUUUUUAAGAAUUUUACAAUGUUUUAUACAUGCCAUGUGGAAGAAUCGUACAACUGUGCGGCGCAAUUUCCAUAGUUUUGUAUAUAUUUAUAUGAAAAGAAUGUGACAAAAUACAUAAUUUAUACAUAUCCUUCA